AAAACGAAUAUAUUUUUUGGUAGAAAACGUUUUUCUCAAAACACAACACAUUUUCACAGCUUUUUUGUCUGUAAUUUAAUAUUUAGUUUUCAUUUAAUUAUAAUUUGAUUCAAUACAAGCACUCAAUCAGUGUUUGUGUGAAACGAUUGAACGCUUUGUCGGCCAAAAGCGAAGACGUGUUGAAGACGUGAAGAAGUGGUCAAACAUUGUCACCAAUUGUUGAGUGCUUUUAGAUGUGAUUUGUUGUUCAAUCAAAUGCCCCGUUCUUUCGGUCCAUCCAAUCGGUCGCUAUUCAUCCGCAAUGUGGCCGAAGUGACCAGAUCCGAGGAUUUGCGGAACCUGUUUGGCGAUUACGGACACGUGACUGAUGUUUAUAUACCACACGACUACUACACACACCGCCCGCGGGCAGCGGAAGAAGCGGUGCAUAACUUAGAUAGGGUUCGACUGUUUGGACGGGAACUGGAGGUUGAGUUCGCACAGGGAGACAGAAAAACGCCGUCAGAAAUGCGAGUCAAAGAGCGCGGCCCUCCCUUCAGGAGUGGCGCCAGUAGUCGACGACAGCCUUCGCGAAGAGACGAUCGCAGACGAAGAUCUCGAUCGCGAGACCGCACUUCCAAACGGCGUUCGGGCCAUCGGUCGCGCAGUCGGAGCCGUUCUCCACAUCGCUCUCAUAGACAUAGACAUCACUCUCACAGCAGAUCUCGUUCGCGCUCUCAAUCAAAUUCACGCUCAAAGUCACGCAAAGGUCACGAACACAGACAUCACGAUAAGAGUAGCAAAAGUACUAAUAAUAACAGUAAUAAUAAUAACAAUAAUAAAGAGUCGGAUGAAUACAAGUCCGAAGAGAAUCACACAAAUGAUGGCGAUAUCGAAGAUCAGGAGUUGAGAGACGAGGAGAGAGAAGACAUGGAUAUGAUUGAGAAGGAAGAGGAGGAGAGAGACAACCACUCGGCCAACACGAGUCCAUCGAGUAUUGAACGUACAAAUGGCGACAAACACUCUUCGGGUGACGAAUCAAAAGAAGACAAUUCUCUGGACCCAAACAGUCAGACAUGAAGACAAUAUUUUUAGCUCAUAUUCAGCCGUUUUAUUUUGAGUUCAUUUUUCAAAAUAACUCUUUGAAUAACGAUUUCUUU